UUCGCGUUGCUCUCUCUCUCUCUCACACACACACACACGCACACACACACGCACGCACGCACGCAGACGCACUGCUCCGCAAUCUGAACGACUGAACCUUAGCUCGGCGGCGGCGCUCUAGUCCACCGGCGCCCGACGUAAUAAGAACUUAAGUUCUUCAAGAAGGGGAGAAAGAUGUUUUUCCACAUGGUAUUGGAGAGAAACAUGCAACUACACCCUCGUCACUUUGGCCGUGAUCUACGGGAUAAGCUUGUAGCCAAGCUCAUGAAAGAUGUUGAAGGCACUUGCAGUGGUCACCAUGGGUUUAUUGUUGCAAUAACUGGGAUUGAAAGUGUUGGGAAAGGUCGGAUUCGUGAUGGAACCGGAUUUGUUGUUUUUCCAGUUAAGUACCAGUGUGUUGUUUUUCGACCUUUUAAGGGAGAGAUUCUGGAAGCUGUUGUCACAAUGGUUAACAAGAUGGGAUUUUUCGCUGAGGCUGGUCCUGUCCAAAUCUUCGUGUCCAAUCAUUUGAUACCUGAUGAUAUGGAAUUCCAACCCGGUGACAUCCCUAAUUACACUACUUCUGAUGGAUCAGUCAAAAUACAAAAAGAAAGUGAAGUCAGGCUGAAAAUAAUUGGAACUCGGGUUGAUGCUACUGAAAUUUUCUGCAUCGGCACCAUCAAAGACGACUUUCUGGGUGUGAUCAGUGAUCCGGGUGCAAACUCAUGAUGUGUUUGGUAGGCCGUUGAACUCGACUUGACUGCAUUGUAAUUUCACAGCUAAAUUGUUGCAGUAUACCUCCUCAAAAUUGGCCUCAGUAGCUACUAGUUGAAUGCUGAGAAUGCUCUGUAAUGUAUUUUAAUUUUAUGGAACAUCAUGGUGUGAAGUUUGUGAGAAAGAUAUCACGCUGACUUUUAUGUGUAGAAUUUAAAUUUAUAGUACGAGUAGUAAUGUUUUUGUAUUGCUAA